AAGAACGCAUAUAAAAAGAAAAAGAACGUAAGAUACUAGUUAGAAAAAUGUUCAGGCAACUAAUUACUGUAAAUGCUGACGUACAGUAUUGUAUCGACCACAUUACAGAAAGUAAGAAGUCAGCUUUCGUAGGCACAAAAACACAAUGAACGAACACACGACUUUGCGUCCUAGCAACAGGUGCGGAGCACUUACAAGGCAGGAGCAAGAAAUUUUGCAAUCAAUAACAAUGAGCGGUGCACAGACUGAAAUAGCGACACCGAGGCUGCUCUGGAAAUCUGGAUUGCAGGGAAAUUAAGGGAAAUUGAUGCACUUUAAGAUGUCAACCCAGGAGGGCUCUCAUGUGACACCCACAUAAUGUACAGUCCACAGGUGAAACAUUCCAGAGCAUGACAUCAGCUGAAACUGUACCCAUGGUGUUUCGGCUUCAUGAGAAUGCACCUGAGCUGGUGCGAGAGGUUCUGCUGGAACGUGGAUGGAAGGAAUACAGUGAACGAGAGCAAGAAGAAGGUGACUGGAAUUUGUAUUGGCGCACUUCUGUUUUUCGUGAUGUAGAGUUUGAAAACAUAUUACCUUGGCAAAGGCUGAACCACCAUCCCAAAACUUUGGGCAUAACAAGAAAAGACUGGUUGGCAAGGAAUCUGAAAAGGAUGAAGGGCACCUUUGGCUCAGCCCUCUAUGAUUUUAGCCCCACCGCUUACAUCCUUCCAAAUGAUUACACAAAAUUUCUGGGAGAAUACACAAAAGAAAAGGCAGCAAAUGGAGGAAAACCAGGGUAUUGGAUCUGCAAGCCAGUAGAUCUCUCCAGGGGAAGAGGUAUAUUUAUUUUUGAUGACAUUAAAAAACUGACAUAUGACUCCUCUGUCAUUGUACAGAGGUAUAUCAGCAAUCCUCUAUUGAUCUCUGGGUACAAGUUUGACCUUCGGAUUUAUGUUUGUGUGAGAAGUUUUCACCCUCUCACGAUUUACAUUUACCAAGAAGGUCUGGUACGUUUUGCAACAGAGAAAUACCAAUUGACUUGCCUAGACAAUUUGUAUUCUCAUCUGACCAACACUAGUAUCAACAAGUUUGGCCCAUCUUAUACUACAGACAAAGAGAGAGUAGGUCCAGGUUGUAAGUGGACCAUGAGUAAGUUCCGUUGCUUUCUGCACAGCCAGAAAUUUGAUGAGAUCCUUCUAUGGCAGGGAAUCAACAGCAUAGUAACUCUCACUGUGCUUACAAUAGCGCCUUCUCUUCCAUUCAGCCCCAACUGUAUUGAGCUUUUUGGAUUUGACAUCUUGAUCGAUGACAACUUCAAACCUUGGCUCUUGGAGGUAAACUACAGCCCAGCGCUGUCUCUGGACUGUGCUGCAGAUGUGACUGUGAAGAAAAGACUUCUCCAUGACCUAGUUGAUUUACUGAACUACAAGAAAAUAGACAGCCUUAGACAGAGUGGUUACUUGAGGGAACAGUAUAGACACCCUUGCAAGUCCAGUGCACAGGCUCUGGAAUCAACAUAUCCUCCAGUGCUGUUACUUCCAAAGUGCAUUUCUACAUCACACAACACAAACAGUAGUAAAUCUUUUUUGGACAAACUAAACUUUAGCAGUGAGUUACACUUUGAUGAAACAAAACAACUAAAAUCUAUAGAAUUACAGUGUUUAAAAGCAGAUUGGAGAAGCAGAAGUGAUGCUUCAUGUUCUACAUAUAGCUCAGAAUAUGUUACAGUAUCAAAGGCAUCUAAAUGUCCUCCACUUUGCAAAGUACCAAUUCAGGACUCAAGUGUUAAACCUGUGUCACCAAAAAAAGACUUGUCACUCACUAGAAAAAAGCAUUCAUCACAGGGUUUUUCUACGCUACCACCCAUUCACAUUCAAAGAUACAGAACUCUUACAUUCCACUGGAACCAAAACCCUCCAGAGAAUAUUAGACCUCCAACUCGUGUUGGUGACUUCAUACUAACAUUUCCUUUUAACGAAGUCACAUUCAAGGCCUCACAAAAGAAACUCAAUGUAAAAUUUGUGGUACAGGAGAUUCAACGACUUAGAAAUAGACUAAUGUCUUCUGACAAAAAUAAAGUAAGGAAAAGAAGAGAAUCUUGUUUGGACAAAAUAAGUGAUGAUAAGGAAUGUUUUGGAACAUUGCUCUGGGGGCCUAGGUACCCUCCGCUCCUUAGUGAAUGCUGCUCCACUAAAGGAUGAGGCCUUAAAGUCACAUUUUUUUAGGUUUUUAAAAACGAGCAUUUUACAAGACUUGCAUAAGUGCAUUUAUCUUCCCUGCAUUUAUAAUUACAAGGCAGGGCAACUACAAUUCAAACAGACUAUUGGAUAUUUUUUUAUUGUAAUGUUACCAUUAAUUCCUGCAAUGAACUGGUGUUUCAUCCAGGUUGUGUCCUGUC